UAUUUUGAAGGCCCGGAAGCGCUGUUUCUGUAAUGCUAACUUGAUGCUAACUUGAAGCUAACCGUAGGAAGAUGUCGGCCGCUGUUAGAGUGUUUCAAGGCCGAUUAUCUGCUCUAUGUCUGCGGGGAUUAACUCCACAAACACCGGGGAAUCAUCCGGUGAAAGGACCGCGGCUGACACACUCACAAACAGGAGGAGGCGUGGCUCCGCUACACGGCCUCCGAGUGUUGGACCUCACCAGAGUUCUGGCGGGGCCCUUUGCCUCCAUGAUCCUGGGGGACCUGGGGGCCGAGGUGAUCAAAGUGGAGCGGCCAGGUGCGGGGGACGACACCAGAUCCUGGGGGCCCCCGUUUGUCGGAUCAGAGAGCGCCUACUUCCUGAGCGUCAACAGGAACAAGAAGAGUAUCUGUGUCGACAUGAAGAACCCCCGAGGAGCGAGCGUCAUCAAGGAGCUGGCAGCAGUGUGUGACGUCCUGAUGGAGAACUUCCUCCCGGGGAAACUCUCCUCUCUGGGUUUGGGGUUCGAUCAGCUGAUCAGAGUGAGCCCUCGCCUCGUCUACUGCUCCAUCUCAGGUACCAACACUAAUUCAAUCAUCUCAUUAAAUAUGAACUCAUUAGCACUGAUAUUAUAGAGUCUAAUGACCUGAUGAGCAUCCACAGAUUUAACAGCGAUGCCUCAGUAUUUAAUUAUCCCACAGCUGCAGUGUUCAGUGUUGGCCACCAGAGGGAGCUGCUCUCCACGUUAUAGACAGGAAACUCCUCACACUGAUUUACUAUGAGUCAAAUAACAGAUAGAGAUACAUAGAGAAAUAAAACUGUACAAUUAUAAAGGGAAAAUAGCUGGAUGAAUAAAUUAUAAUG